GAUCGCUUCAUUGUCGAUUAAAGACUUGGUGUUGAAUCGAUAAUCAAUCAGUGCGUCAAAUUUAUUUACAUCAAUUGUCGAUUCUUUAAAAUAUAAUUUAGUAUAUACACUUAGUAUAUUUAGUAUAUACAAUUACGUUACAUGUGAUUGGUAUUUAAAAUUUACAAUUGUUUUUUAUAAAGGAACUCUUUAAGAGGCAAAUAAAUACACAUCUUGUUAAAAUGAAUAUAUUCUUCUUAGUUCUGGUUGUAUGUAUGCAGGUGUUGUUUGCAAACGCUAUUGAAAUUUCAAAAGAGGAUAAAGCUGAGAUGUCAUCGAAAAAGGAAUCGCCAUCACAAUGGCAAUUAAAUGGAGAAACAUCCAACAUCGAGCGAUCCGUAAAAAUAAACCGCGGAUUCGAGAAGAUAGUCCAGUUUGUCAACGUUCUGGGUCAAAUGGACAACUUCUUUUACGACAAGACAAAGAAUUUGAUUCGUAAGCUCAACGUGAUAUAUGACAUGGAUGAAAACGAGAGAUACCGUAGGACUUGUUUCAAUUCAUAACAGAAAUAUAAACUCUUACCAAUUAAAAUAUAAUCAUAAAUUUGUAAUUCAAUACAAUAUCAGAUCGACUAAUACUAGUUGUUUUUUAAUAUUUAUAAACUUUUCUCCGUUUAUUUAUAAUUUUUUUAAGUUCACCACACAUUACGCUCUAUGUUAAAUAUUACUUUCAAGUAUUGCCAUUUAGUAUUAUACUAUCGACGAGUAAAUUGUUAUAAGAAAAACUAUGUAGCAUAUUUAUGAAAACAAUUAUUAAAAUUACUUUAUAUGGAUGAAUGGAUGGAUGAGUGGAUAAGUAAAUAUAUAACUAAAUGUAAACCAAGUCCCCUUCUUGGCUAUUUGUAGCUCUGAACGGUAAUAAAAUACUACUAUUAAAAUUACUUUAAAUAUAAAAUUUAAAUUUAUAAAUAAGCUUUGUAAUAAAAAUA